AUGAGUUCGCAAGCAGAACGAUCAUCAUCGGUCCCCAAAGACAUAUCGUUUGUCGAGAGACAAAUAAAACGCAUCAAAAGACUGCGAUCGCUGCACUCCGCUAGAAAUCAAGCAAGGACCCACAACCAACAUGAAGUAGUUGCUGAACAGACUAGGAAUAAGCUGCCGCCGAACUACGAGGCCAAGGGACGACAAGCUGAAUGGCUGCGCGACGACCAAGCAAAGCAUCAAGAUGCAGAGAAAGCAGAAAAACAUUACGCCAGAGUGAAUUUAUUAAACUUAUUAUCAGCAGUAGAAGCUGAGCGACUUGAAUGUAAAAAGAAGAAAAGGAAUUCUGAUGAAGAAUUCUCCACACAUGAACAAGCUACUGUGAGACAACACACCAAGCUGGUUAAAAUUAUUCCAGCAGCUGAUACGGAACAGUAUGAGAAACAGAAGUAUAGCGAUGCUUUCCAUAGUGAACCUAAUGUAACCAUUCAUGAGAUGCACACGGAUCGAGAGGAAGCGAUCGACAAGAUGGUUAAUGACCUGCUGGAAGAGCAGAUUGUUAAAAGAGCUCGCUACUCUAGAAGUCGAGGGUAUUUUGAUGAUGCAGAUUACUACAUCAAUGACAAAAACGCCAAGUUCAACAAGAAACUGGAAUGUGAAGAUUGGAAACUAGGAAGAUCAUACACAAGAGAACUAGGAAUCACCAUUUAG